UACAUAAGAACAAAUUCUAUUCAUUCAGCCAGAUCAAUUGUACCUGUUCCACUAUAAAAAUAGCGAUCGAUACAACCAGGACACAAUUCCGAAAGAUGAAGAGCAUCGCAGUCAUCCUCUGUAUUUGCGCCUUUUCGGGCGUUUACGCGAGUAAAGAAUGGAAGAAAACGAAGGAAGAGUGCGUAAAAGAGUCCGGUGUCGAGAAAGAUUUAUUGAAGUACACUUGGAAAAGCAAGAACGUUACCAGAGAUGACAAACUGAUCGCCUUCUUCAAAUGCGUCAUGGUGAAGCAGGGGUCUCUUACGGAACCAUGCAAUAUUAAUUUAACGUACGUUAAGAACGUAUGCGAGAAAAUGAACACUACAAAUUGCUCGUAUGUAGACACUUGUGAACAGAAGAAAGGAGCCGAUUGCGAGGAGACUGUCUACUUAGUGAGCCAGUGCAUUGUUCCCAACCUUAUGGUAAAUGGUAUAAAAAAUGUUUUCGAGGACUGUAAAAAUAAAACCAAAGCAGAUAAAGAACUGAUUAAAAAAAUGCGCAAGGAAGGUGUCAUUUCAGAUGAUCCAGAAUUCAAGAAAUACUUGGUUUGUGUGGCCGAAGGAUUUAAUGCCUUUGACGACAAUGGAAAUAUCAGCUUACAGCACUUAAAGAAAAUGUGCUCUAUGAAAAAGAUUGAGGACUGUUCAUUCAUAGAGGAAUGUGAGAAGAAGAAGGGAGACAGUAAAGAAGAAACUGCCUAUCUGGCUUUGUCGUGCGCCUAUCCUAAACUUUUCAGUCAAACCAAGAAGGAUUAACACGUGUUGUACAAAACAGAUUUACCUGAAUAAAUUUUCUCUGCAAAUUUG